CUUCUCUGGGCAGCAGCUCUGUAAGAAGGAAUGUCAGCUUUUACAUAACGUUCCUUUCUGCUUUUGACACACUGUGUGAGGGUCCAUCUUCUUCUGAUCACAGAUGGAGUGGAAUGGCUUGAAGAUGAUAAUUAGCACCAUGGAGCCUCAGGUGUCAAAUGGCCCGACAUCCAAUACAAGCAAUGGACCUUCCAGCAACAGUAGAAACUGUCCUUCUCCCAUGCAGACAGGGGCGGCCACAGAUGACAGCAAAACCAACCUCAUAGUCAACUAUUUACCCCAGAAUAUGACUCAAGAAGAAUUCAGGAGUCUCUUUGGGAGCAUUGGUGAAAUAGAAUCCUGCAAACUCGUGAGAGACAAAAUUACAGGACAGAGUUUAGGGUAUGGAUUUGUUAACUAUAUUGAUCCAAAGGAUGCAGAAAAAGCCAUCAACACUUUAAAUGGACUCCGACUUCAGACGAAAACCAUAAAGGUCUCAUAUGCCCGUCCAAGCUCUGCCUCAAUCAGGGAUGCUAACCUCUAUGUUAGCGGCCUUCCCAAAACCAUGACCCAGAAGGAACUGGAGCAGCUUUUCUCACAAUAUGGCCGUAUCAUCACCUCACGAAUCCUGGUUGAUCAAGUCACAGGGGUGUCCAGAGGGGUGGGAUUCAUCCGCUUUGAUAAGAGGAUUGAGGCAGAGGAAGCUAUCAAAGGGUUGAAUGGCCAGAAGCCCAGCGGUGCUACAGAACCGAUUACUGUGAAGUUUGCCAACAACCCCAGCCAGAAGUCCAGCCAGGCUCUGCUCUCCCAGCUCUACCAGUCCCCUAACCGGCGCUACCCCGGCCCACUUCACCACCAGGCUCAGAGGUUCAGGCUGGACAAUUUGCUUAAUAUGGCCUAUGGCGUAAAGAGGUUCUCUCCAAUCACCAUCGACGGGAUGACAAGCCUUGUGGGAAUGAACAUCCCUGGUCACACGGGAACAGGCUGGUGCAUCUUUGUCUACAACCUAUCCCCUGACUCCGACGAGAGCGUCCUCUGGCAGCUCUUCGGCCCCUUUGGUGCAGUGAACAACGUCAAGGUCAUCCGUGACUUCAACACCAACAAGUGCAAGGGAUUUGGCUUCGUCACCAUGACCAACUACGACGAGGCAGCCAUGGCCAUCGCCAGCCUCAACGGGUACCGCCUGGGAGACAGAGUGUUGCAAGUUUCCUUUAAAACCAACAAAGCCCACAAGUCCUGAAUAUCCCAUCCUUACUUAUUAAAAUAUAUAUAUAAAUAUAUACGAACAAAACAUACGUGCACACACACACACACACACAUAUACACAAAAGAGAGAGAAACAAACCUUUCAAGGCUUAUAUUUAACCAUGGACUUUAUAAGCCAGUGUUGCCUAAGUAUUAAAAGAUUGGAUUAUCCUGAGGUGUACCAGGAAAGGAUUUUAUAAUGCUUAGAAGAAAAGUAAAAAAAACAAAAAAAAAAAACAAAAAAAAAAAACAAAAAAAUACCUUUGAUGCAUUGAAUGUUCUUUCAUAGCUGUCGUUGUUGAAUAUAAUAUACAUAGAUAGCGAUGUGCAGGGAUUUUUACCCAGCCAGCUAACUUUACUACCUUCCUUGAAGGUGGGUCUUUUAAGAUGACCAUUCACUCAUUUGAAGAAGAAAAACAAAAAACAAAAAAAAAAAAAUAAUAAAAAUAAAACAAUUUUUACAAAGUAAUGGGAUUCAAAGAAAGAAAAAAAAAGAUUUUUCUUUUUUGUCAAAAUGUUGAUCCAAUCAGAUUGGUUAAAAACCCCCACACAAAUUAAAGAGGAAUAAUAAAAAUUGCAAAAAUGAAAAAAAAAAAAAACUUUUGCAAAUUUUUUUAUUUUUCCUUUUUUCUUUUAUAUCAUGUGAACUAAAACAGUCUUCUGUUAGGGGAUGGGGGCCAGGGGGAUACCUGAUGACAUUAACAAUUUAAUAACAUAAACAUUGUUGCCAAAGAGGUGGUCUCUUUGCUGAAAAUGGGUUUCAAGAAAAAUCUAUUUUUAUAAAAUAUAAAGAAUUUUUACAAGAGAAUCUGGAUUUGAGAAAAAAAUAUUUUGACUGGCUAAUUUAGGGGAAAUUGACAACUUUGUCGCGUUCAUACUGCACUGGUAACUUUUUAGAGAUCAAGAUGUGUGUUUUAAACUGGAUUCGUAGACUGUUUUUUGAAGGAUGGGCUAUAAACAGAUGAUCUUCAUAUCUUUUCAUAGCAUGUAAUUAAAAAAAAAAACACAAUUGUUAACUAUUAGGGGAAAGGAGUGUUCGUUCUACCCAGGGUACCACAGUU